AUGUCUCGUUCCAGCUCUGGCAAGGUCAGCGCUUCCUCGGGUUCCACGGCCAACCUCAACCCGUCCGCUCAGCCCUUCACCCCCACGCGCGUCGAUAGUUCUCCUACCAGUACUCCAGUUGAUCACGGUAUGUAUAUGCAUAUGCCAGCCAAAUACGCACAUCUCAAUCCUCCUCCUCCUCACAUGAGAGGCUUCAUUCCCCCGCGAUUUCACGUGCCAGCCCCACCCCCACCGUUUGGCCACGUCGAUCAGCAACCCGGAUCUUCACAUGGACAUGGUGCCAUCCCACCAUCUUCAUCGCAACAUAACGCUAACCCCCAAACCGCAGGCGAUCUUGCCUACCACCAGGCCAAAGCCGUUGAGGCUGCAAACAUGGCGGCAGCGCAAGGUAUGCCUUAUCCUGGGUACGAUCCUACCCACCCUCCUCAGCCUCCAUACCCGCCUCACCCAUUCUACCGUCCUUCCCAUUACGGCGCGCCUCAUGCGGCUCAUGCAGGCCCAAUCCCUCCUUCUCAUCCCGGUCUCAAAUUCCGUCCUGACAGUAAUCUAGGCUCUCGGCCUCCCGGCUACGGCCCUGACGAUCAUCGCUCUUCUCCAGUCGAUCCAGCAGCAGCUGCUGCUGGCUAUUCGACCUACAACCUGUACGCUCAAUACUUUCAACACACCCCUCCCGGACGUUCUUCUACGCCUGGUUCGGCCGGUCUUUCGGCCGGUCCCUUCAACCCUACCACCCCGCCCAACCGGCACAGCAGACCCGGCCAAGCUGACCCCACCCCGCCAGCGCAUACAUUCUCCGAUGAUGGCGAGUUUUACCCCGGCACUGACCCACGCCUGAAGAACCACAACCGCGCGGCAAACUCUCAGUGA